GGGGAUCGGGCGCUGCGAUGGGGCGAAGCCCUGCUCCGGGGGGGAGAGGGGGCUUUAGGAGAGCAGAGCAGAUCUGCUGUCACGAACCUCAAGCGGGGGGUGCCAGACCGUCUGGGGCGGAGGGAUGCCGCUGCCCCUCCUGUCCGGGCGGGCGGUCAGUCCGCAGGGCAGGACGGGGGGGGUCCCCUCCGCUUCCCCCAUCCUCAAAGCCGCAUCCCCGCGCUGCCAAUGCGAGGAGAAGCGCAGCACGGAGGUGUCACUCGGCUGCCUGUGCAAUCUGGGGAAAACAGACAAGAUGUGGCCACUUUUGGAGCAGAAAGUGAACGCAGUCCGCUGUGACCUGCUCUUCACUGAGGACAUCAAUCGAAGGAUGCGGGUCCCCAACAGACUCACCGUGGCAAACAGCUUCAGCCCUGUGGAUGAGGAGCCCAUGUCUGAAGGUGUAUCCCCUUCCUUUCCAAUACAUAUCCCUGUCAGGAUUUCACUUGCAGAUGCAGAUCUGAGACCCAUCCUGCUGGACCAGCAGAGGAAUGUCCCCUGCGCUGAGGUGUGCGUGUCCCCAGACUCCUCGGCUCAGCACUCUGCAUCGGGGGAGCUUCCUUUUAUGCACAUGGCUGGCAGAUCAAGUGCCCAGAAUCGCAGACGACUGGGCCACCACAGCGGCAGGUCACGGCGGCAGAGCCAGCACAGCAGUGGGUCACGGCGGUCCCCAAGUGACAGCACCCAGCUGGCCUUGCCCAGCCCAGCCCUGCACCAUGAGCGGCUGGACACCUGCCCCCCACCUGCUCACAGUGCUCCACUUCCUCUCCUUGCCAGGACGGGCAGGAUCUACUCCAUGCAGAACAUCUUCCAGACCAUGUACCUGCUGGGCCAGGUGCUCUUCCACCGUGUCCAGAACUCUCUGCAAGACUCAGUGUCAUCCAGCUCCCAGGAGGUUGGAGCAGCCCCGGAGGAGGUCAUCGCUGCUGAGGCUGCAGCAAUGAAAAAGGAGCUGGCGAGGAUCUCGGAGCGGCUGUGUGUGCUGGAGGAGCAGCACAAAGCCUGGCGGAAAGAGGAGCCCCUGGUGUACUCCAUGCUGCUCUCUGCCUGCCUCGUCAACACCUGGCUCUGGCUGUGGAGAUGACUGUGUGCCUUGGGCUCCCUGACCCACCCUGGGCGAGAGCAGAGAAAGGAUUCUUGCUCACGUAUUGUGGAGGGUAAAACUGUGUUUCUUCUGAACUUGACCUGAAUUGGAACCAUAAAGCUGGACCUGGCCACAGCAGCUGGAGAUGGAUGACAGGGAGUGGUGGGGUGGGACAGGGAGCAUGGUCCACUGUGUAUAGACCCAGGGCUGGGCUGUGUUUGGUGUAUGGUAGCAACUCUGUGGUGUGUUCUAUGGGGUCAAUCGUCAUGUGAGAAGCUGCUGUGAAAAGCCAAGCCUCAUAAGAAAUCUGUAAUGACACAGGAGGUAUUUGUCCUGCACAGAUCAAUGAGAGAGCUUCUGCCCCUUGGGCUGUGUAUUGGAGGAGGCACAAACCCAAAUGUUAGGUCUCUGUGGGCAUCAGGUCCUGUUACAGUCUCUGGCCAUGGGUUGAGCUGGUCCCCUGCCUGCGUCACAGCUUGGACAUCUUAGUUCUACCUCCAUAAAAUUUCUCAGCCAAUUCAUAGAACCAUAGAAUGGCUUGGAUUGGAGGGGAACUUCCAGCCCACCCAGUCCCAACCGCUGCCAUGGGCUCAGGCUGCCCAGGACCCCAUCCCACCUGGCCUUGAGCACCUCCAGGCAAGGGACACCCACAGCUCUCUGGGCAGCUGUGCCAGUGACAGUUACUGUGGUCUCUUCUUCAACUUCCACCCCAAAAGCUUGUGCAGAGUGUUUGGGUGCUUUUGAACUGCUGCUAGGUUUUCUUUUCUUCCUUGAGCAACUGUGUGAGUUGUCCUGUGCCAGGGCGACCCCUGCUCCAGGAGAGGGGUGGGCCUGGAGGAGCUGGGGGCUGCCAUCCGCAGGAGAGUUGGACUGGAUGACCUUUAAAGGUCCCUUCCAACUCAAACAAUUCUAUGAUUCUAUGAUCUAUGGCCUCUGCUGUGGCAUCACUUCCUUGGCUGCUGUCGUGCUGGAGGCUCUCGGCAGUGGGUUUGCAAGUGCUCAGAUCCCAGGUGGCUGUAAGAGCAUUGCUGAGCUCUAUAGAGACUCUGGACUUAUCCAGGAGCUUGGCUUUCUCCCAGGGAGAUGUACAUGGGAAACCUCCCCGGGGUAAUCGUAAGACCUUGUAAUAACAGUGCAGGCACCAGACAGGCCAUGGACAGUUGCCCAUUUGGGCAGCAGUGGGUAUCUGUGAGAUCGCCAGUGCCAGAGGGCAGGAUCACUCCCAGUCUGCUGCCAAGUUGUAACUUCAGCGUUGUACAACUGCACAGGUGAGGGGAAUCCUUGGCUCAGGUGCCAAAAACCAAGCCCAGUUCAACAGCUCUGCUGUUUCUUUCCUUCCUUGACGUUUAGGAACACUUGGAUUCACAGUGAACUGAGAUUCUCGUAGUGGUUCAUCCAAUGCAUCUGCUGAAGUGGUGCCUGCAGGCCUGGGGCAGGUGUUGGCAAUAGGACCUCUCUGUUCCACCUAUAAAUGAUUGUAGCUGGAUCUGCAAAUCACCCAGAUGUCUCAAUGGCUUAUUUACAGACAUGGAUGCUUAGCUGUUCCCUGCCUGCCACUACAUCAAGCCUCUAUGGCUGUAAAUCUGGCAGCUGGACAUCUACUAAUAAAUAACUGUCCCACAAGUAAUUGCAGGUCUGAACCUGUGGCUGAUGUCUGGGUUGAGGACAGCACUGGGAUUUACUGCAGGUGAGAGCAGGAAGGGGGUCUGUGCUUCAGCAGUGUGUGUGUAAGGGAUGGCAGCAGGGCUCCUGGCUUGGCUCGGGGAUGUGGACAGGCUGGAAAUACAUGGAAGUGGGUGAUCAGAUGGGAUGUGUUCCUGAAGGCUAAUUAUUGGCAAGUUGCAUUGGGUAGAAGGUGACUUUUUUUGUCCUGAUUUCAGCUGGGACAGAGUUGAAUUUUUCCUUCAUAGUGCCUGGCAUGGUGCUGCAUUUUGGGUUUGGGCUGAUAACACACCGAUGUUUGGCUGUUGCUGAGCAGUGCUGCAACCACCAAGGAUCCUUCAGUCUUCAGCUUCUGGCACUGUGCUGCCAGUGAGGGGCUGGGGGUCACAUGGAGAUGGGAUGGAGUGAGGACAGCUGACCUGAACUGCCCACAGGGUGUUCCAUGCCACGUGGCAUCAUGCAGAAAGCCUUGGCAGUGGUGGGGAGCUGGUGGAGCAGCUGCUGCUUGGGGACUGGUGGGCAUUGGUAGGUGGGUGGUCAGCAAUUGCAUUGUGCAUCACUUACUUUGUAAAUAUAUGUUAUUAUCAUUACUAUUUUCCUUUUCUCUUCCUUUUCUGUCAGUAACUAGCUUUAACCUCCACCUAUGACUUCUACUUUGCUUUCUUUCCCCUGAUUCUCUCCCCCCUCUCACUGAGGGGAGGUUUGAGCAAAGGGCUGUGUGGUGCUGAGCUGCUGCUGGGUCAAAUCCCAGUCCUAUGCCUCAGGCUCAAGUCCUUCUUUAAAUCUAGAAACACUGACCCAUGAAGUGCAUGUUUUAAUAAACUCUGUGUGUGCUGGA